AUGCUAUCCGGCACAAAUCCAUACUCGCCCAUUGUAAAAAUGUCAGCUGCAUCUGCGAGCAGCUCCGGUAGUAAAAUGAAAAAUGUGGAAAAUGAUAACAGUAGUAAACGGACAGUUGGCAGUGUGAAAAAGAAAAGUUCUGGUGAUAAAAAUAAAAAGAGCGAUUCUAUUGCAAGCAGUACAAUUAUCAAAGUAAAAAGUGUGAUUCCUAAACGACGACAAGACCUGCUGAAAUGGUACGGAUGGGGCUACAAGGACUCGAUGUUCAAACUGCAAGGCCACACGGCCACCUUUACUGGAAACAGAUACUCAAUCGGAGGGCACACUCUACCACAUCUAGCACAAUGGGCUAUAGACAAGUUCGGCAUAGACCCAUCAAGAGAACCGAAGAUACCCGAACUCCCUAAGAAGUUUGCUGAGAGCAGGCUACCAGAAUCUAUUCGUUUGGAAUUGGAGGAGAUUGCUGAAGUGAGCAUCGAUGGUAUGGACAGACUGAUCAGAGCUCAUGGGCAGACACUGAAGGACAUGGCCCAGUUGAGAACGAACAGCUUCCCAAGGAUCCCUGAUGCUGUAAUAUGGCCUGAUAGUCAUGAACAGGUGGAGCAAAUAGUGCAAUGUGCGUCCCGGCACAACUUCGUGAUCAUUCCGUUCGGUGGUGGCACCUCGGUGUCGGGCGCCGUCACCUGCCCCGCCAAGGAGACCAGGCCCAUUGUGGUACUGGAUACCAGCGACCUUAACUCCAUCUUGUGGCUGGAUAAGGAUCAACUGCUGGCUAGAGUACAGGCGGGUAUCGUAGGCCAGGACUUGGAACGUGAGAUGCGCGCCCGCGGCUUCACAGUCGGUCACGAGCCGGACUCGUACGAGUUCUCCACUCUCGGUGGCUGGGUGGCAACCAGAGCCAGUGGCAUGAAGAAGAACACCUAUGGAAAUAUUGAGGACCUCAUUGUUAAUACUAAGGUAGUGACAGCUCGCGGUGUGUUUGAGAAGAGUUGUCGCGUGCCUCGCAUGUCGUGCGGGCCCGAGUGGGAACAUGUCAUCAUGGGAUCUGAAGGGUGCUUCGGGGUCGUUACUGAGGUAACUAUAAAAAUCCGUCCACUUCCCCCCGUGGUCCGCUACGGGUCGCUCGUGUUCCCCGACUGGGAGAGUGGCUUCCACUUCGAGAGAGAAGUAGCCAGGCAACGCCUGCAACCGUCCAGCAUCAGACUUAUGGACAAUGAACAGUUCCGUUUCGGUCAAGCCCUAAAAACAGAAAACACAUGGGGUGGUGUUCUACUAGAUGGACUAAAACGUCUGUACAUCACGAAGAUCAAAGGCUUCGACCCUGCGAAGCUGUGCGUGGUGACACUCCUCAUGGAGGGCUCCGCUGAGGAGGUCUCGGCCAGGGAGAGCAAGCUAAACAACAUCGCCGCUCAGUUCGGAGGGAUACCCGCCGGAGCCACUAACGGAGAGAACGGAUAUACGCUAACCUUCGUCAUCGCUUAUCUCAGGGACGUGGCCAUAGAAUACGACGUAGUAUCAGAAUCGUUCGAGACAUCAGUUCCAUGGGACCGCACACUAGCGCUCUGUGCCAACGUGAAGCUGCGCAUACGCAACGAGUGCGCCAAGAGAGGCAUCGACAAAUACCUCAUAUCGCAUCGACUGACGCAAACGUAUGACGCAGGCUGUUGUAUUUAUUUCUACUUUGGUCACUAUAUUGGGAACUGUGCUGACCCCGUGUCGACAUACGAAGAAAUUGAAGAGGCUGCACGGGACGAAAUCAUUGCCUGUGGCGGAUCAAUAUCACACCACCACGGGAUCGGGAAACUUCGUAAGAAAUGGUAUGUGGACACGGUGAGCGAGCCCGGCCGACAACUUUUGCUUGCCGCUAAGAAAGCUUUGGAUCCAGACAAUAUUUUCGCAUUAGGAAAUAUGGCAUUCGAAGAACACAGCAAUAACACUGACGUGUCGGUUAAAAGUAAAUUAUAA